UAUAAUCGGUAAUUUAGAAGAGGGAAUACAAAAUCCCAUAAAGUGACAAAUCUAUUCUGCAUCUUAUCUGUGCUUAUAUAUUUCUAAUAUAUCUUGUAUAAAAUAAUAAUAAUGGUUAUGUAUGAUCAAUCAGACGAAAGAUGGCGUAUAUAUAAAAUUCUAUAGUUGAGUCUGUGUUAAAUAAAUUAAACUGUGGAAGGUUAUGUUCAUUAAAAUCUUAAAAAAUAAUACACUGUAUUCAUAACACAUAUUAAAACAAAUUGGUUAAAAAAUUAAGAGUUAUAUAAAACAUUAAUUUAAAAGAUAAUAGAAUAAUGGAAAACUACAUAACUCGUUCAGCCUUUAGUUUUGGCAUUUUUGCUUUUUUUCUUUAUUUUAUAAAAGUGUCAAAUGUAUUAAGUGUAUCAACAACACACAGACUUAUAGAUGUAAUAAAAAAUGACACUGGAUUAUGUAAAAUGCCGACAAUUUUAUAUGAAAAUAAUAUUACAGCGGAUUGUUAUAAUGUAACAUAUCCUGAAGGAGAACACGUAAUUGCGCAAUAUGAUAUGACAUAUACGAAUAUACGAAAUUCUUUAUGUUUGAUAUUUUAUGAUACGUUGUAUAAAGUUUGUCAAGCUAAAUUGCAAAACGAAUUGAAUCAUACUACUUUUUAUUCAAAUAUUCAACAAUAUUUCCCUAAAGAGAAUGAAAAUGAUGAGACAAAUUUCUGUAAAAAUAUUAAAGAUAUUAAAUUUGCAUAUAAAAAAUUGGAUCCAUUAUUAUCACAUGUACAUUUUAAUAAUUCUCAUGUAUGUAAUGCCGCAUGUUUUAAUUUGUCAGGAAAAUUUAUUCCACUUUGCGCAAUAUUAUCAUGGAGUAAAAGUAUUGAUGAGAUAAAAGAUAUUGGAAAAAAAUCUGAAAAUAAAAAACCUACUAUAGAUAUAAAACAAAAUUCAGCAUUAAAUGAAACGAAAGGAGAUAUUGAUGAUAAAUAUAAAACAACAUCUAAUGUGAAAAAUAUUGCGUUAGAACAAGAAUCUCAAACUGAAUUUGUUGAGUUUACUACAACAUCUGAUUUUGAAAAAACAAAUUUAAAUUUAAAUAUGAAAGAAUCAAGUGCUACAAAUAAUAUUUUUGAAAAUUCAGAACCAACGUUACAUAAAAAACCUGAUAAUAGUGAUAAUAAUGAUAAUAAUGAUACAGAACCUAAGGAUGAUAAAAAUGAUAUAAAUUCAAAAACGUUAUCUAAAAAUGAUGAAGAUUUAAAAAAAAAUGAAAACAAUAGAAUAAAUACUAUAAGUAAUGAAGCUGAAAAAAGUAUGAAUAAUAUAAAUGAUGAUUAUAAAACAAGUACAAUAUCAGAUAAUACUGAAGAUCAUGAAAAUUUUGCUAGCAUUAAGCAAAAUGGAAAAUUAUCUGAUGAUACAAAUGAUGGUUCUGACCAAUCUGAUGCUGCAGAUCAAGAUCAAGGUAUACCUGAACCAUCUGAGCAAAGAGAUAUUUCAAUACCUCAAUAUCAUCCUAUAAGAACAGAUGAAGAAUCUCAUUUUCUUACUUACUUAACUGCACUUUCUUUAAUCUUUGUAGUUGCAUAUUUCGUUUAUCAACAUAAACAAAAAAUAAUAGCUAUUAUAGUAGAAGGACGAAGAUCACGAAAUAGUCGCGCUAGACGACGACCAAGCACUGCUAAUUAUCGUAAAUUGGAUUGUACAUUAGAAGAAGCAGUUACAUCACAAUGUAAUGCAAAUGUUACCCAUGUUAUAUAUUAAUGCAUGUAUCAAAUAUUUUAAAGCUACUGUAUAAUAGCACGCGUGUAACAUAUUAUUUUGUAUUCAUGUAUACUUCCAUUAUAAUAUGAAUUUAUUUUUAACAAAUUAA